AUGGGUGAUCAAGAUCUGCAUCAAACACUUGGUGAUUUAUUAGAAAUCAAAAGCAAAUGCAACAACAAUUCUUCAAGAAAUCUAUUCUGGAAGAAACUUCUGGAAGCUCAAGCUAAGAUGGCAGAAAAAGGAGGUCAAAAACAUCAUUCACACUCAGCCACAAAGAAGACUAGAAGAACUCCCACAAGGAAUAACACUCUAAAGAUGAUAAAAAGGAGGCGGGCUCGAAGGGCUGGUCAAGGUGGUUCUAGAAGGUCUACAAUGAUCGAAAAGAAGGUUCGAACCUUGAAGAAAUUGAUCCCAAAUGGAAACUCAUCGGUUGGUUUGGAUGGGCUUUUUAGUGAUACUGCUGAAUAUAUAUCGAACUUACAAAUGAGAGUGAGUAUUAUGCAAGCUGUGGUAAAUGCAUUGUCAAAUCCUGAGUGA